UGGAGUCUAAAAUCAUCCGUUUUUUUCUCUCCUUCGGAGAAAAAAAGUUUCUCUCAUCCCGAAACGUUUGAUCGUGUCGUGUGGUGUACACCUGCACCACCCUCUCCUCUGGAGAUCCUGAUCAACGUGACUGUUUGAUAAGUUAUAUCAGCAGAAUGGCUUCACGCAAGAAGGGGAAAAAAGCGAAGAUGCAGACUGUCGCAUUGACAGAAUUUCUCGCUAGCAAUGGAGGUGCACCCACUAUUCCAUUCAAGUCUACCAGUUGGGCCGAUGAUGUUGAAGAUGAACACGAUGGCUAUCACUCGCGCAGUAGCAAAGAGCCAAUCGUGCUUCCAACUGCCCCCAGAGCAGCUCGUGGGCCAGGGUGUGAUGAUGAGAACAUCCCUACCAAUCCCCCUUUCGUAGCUUACGUCUCAAAUCUGCCUUACGACGUAAUCGAGGACGAUCUCAUUGACUUCUUCGCUGACAUGCAGGUAACGAAUGUUCGCCUCCCCAAAGACUCAACGAAGCCCCGUGGCUAUGGUUAUGUGGAAUUUGAAAGUCGUACCUCCCUCAUCGAGGCCCUCAAUCUCUCCAACGCCAUGAUAAAAACCAGACGUGUCAGAAUUGAGGUCUCCAAUUCGAGUAAUGACGAUCGUCGCGGAGGAAGAAUGGGAAUGGGAAGGGAUAAUCGUCGGGAUGGCUAUGAUGAUCCGGAACGAACCUCUGGUGACUGGCGUAGUACACCGAGAGAGGCACCCUCAGGAGGUGAUGAUCGUUUUCGCUCUCGGGGUUUUGAUAACCGGGAGGAUCGGGAGGGAAGAAGCGAGAGCGAUAACAAGCCUGGAGCUUGGAGAGAGGGAGAUCGUGGUAGCUCAGCUUUUGGAGAGAGAAGGACCUUCAGGGAUGAUACUCGAGGUGAACGCAGGGGAUUUGGCGAUGGAGAACGUCGAGGAUUUGGUGAUGGAGAACGCAGGGGAUUUGGUGAUGGAGAACGUAGAGGUUAUGGGGAUGGAGAACGCAGGGGAUUUGGUGAUGGGGAACGUAGGGGAUAUGGGGAUGGGGAACGUAGGGGAUAUGGGGAUGGAGAACGUCGAGGAUUUGGUGAUGGAGAACGUAGGGGAUAUGGAGAUGGGGAACGCAGGGGAUAUGGUGGAGAUAAUGAGGAGAAGGAACGCGACUGGUCGAGGGAAACUAACACUGGGGGGCAGACGGCAUUCCCACCUCGACGCAAUGAUCGAGAACGAUUUUCAGAGCGUGAUGAGGCACCAGCUAGUGAGCCACGUACACGACCUACUCUGAAUCUUCUUCCACGCACUAAGCCAAUUGAGACGAUUGUCAAAGAAGAGGAGAGCCCUGCACCAGCGGUAAAGGCUGAAGUUGUUGAUAAAUCAGAGUCUAAACCAGCUGCUAAUAUCUUUGGAGCUGCUAAACCGGUCGACACGGCCGCUAAAGAACGUGAGAUCGAGGAACGUCUCGCCAAGACUCAUGCAGAGAAGCCUAAAUCAGAGGAAGGAGAAUCUAAGCCUCAAGCUUGGACAAGACGCAAUGGGGAUGGACGUUCUGAGCGUGAAAAAGAUAAGCCCCGAUCAACAUGGCGUUCAGACGAGGAUCGAGUGGACAGAGGUAGGCACAAUGACAGACGCCAAGCUCCUCGGUCUCAAUUGUCUGGUCGUUCUGAUAGAGAUCAUCGUGGUGACUCCAGAGGCCCACCAGCCUCUCGAGCAGCGGCAGUAAGUGCCAGACCUACUGGACGGUACAAUGACUCUCGUGGACCACCAGAAAAGGAGCGCAGAGACAGAGAAAAAGAGCGUGAACGUGAAGACAGGGAGGAGCCGCCAAUGCCAAAAGCUUCAGAUGAGCAAGCUCCAAAUUUUGUUGCUUCCAACAAAUUCUCAAUGCUGAACGAGGAUGUGGAUACCGACGUAGCUGACGACUAGUCGACAGAAGUUCCCCCAUUAAAAACGAGGAAAAAUGAUGAAAUUCUGUGCCACCAUCAACGAUUAUUCGUCUAAAAACUAUCCCAAUUAAUGAUUCCCCUUGCUUUUCCCACAUAUUUGCAUGACUCGAUGAAUUCUCUCGCUCUCGAUUCGCAAUUAUUCAUUUGAAAUCCCAUUUCUUUCCUUGUUCUCCCAUUGAUUAGCCCUCCCGCCUCCUUCUCCUCCUAAUUUGUAUUUAAUGAAGAGAAAAAAAUUUUACAACUUUGAUUGAUGAAUCGUUCUGUACCGCUUUAUUUGUAUCCAUGAUCGACAAUCGAUCCUCAUUUGCUGAUUCAUGAUUAAGGAUUAAAGAGAUGAUUUAUGGAGUGGAGAAUCGAAAAUUCGGGAUAAUUUUCAUUAUUCAGUUCGCAAAUGUCGAAGAUCAUUCUGUAGAAGGAAAUAUGAGUUUGUUAAUCAGUUAAUUAUCUCAUUAAUCAUUCAUUUUAUAAAAAAUCUCCAUAGGACCUUUUUGUUGGAGAAUUUAAAUCUCCACAAAAAAGGUAUCCGUGUAUUUUUCUCUUCAACCCUUUCUCUUGACGAUAUUCACAAAAUAAUGAAAAUUUAUUCCGGUUUAUCGAUUCUCUACUGCUGCAUUAUUGGAUAGAUUAAAUAAUAUUGAGACGUUGCUACGUCCAACAACAAUUCCGGGUGAAUGAAAAGUUUAUAGUCAUCCGAUGUACAGUGGCUCUGAUGAAAUAAUUGUACAAUAAUGUGAUUCGUGUUAACUGUAAUAUACCGAAAAUAGUCGAUCAUUUGUCGUAAACGAAAAAAAAAAAACUCGUGGAAAAUCGAGGAAACUAAUGGCAUUUCCACAUUUUUCAGAGUUUCUAAUUCAUUAACUGAUUAUUUGGAGAGAACUCUUUUUUUUAUUUCCUGUAUGGAACAAAUAUUUGUUCGUAUGAGUAACAGAGCGAGUAAAUAUAUGGUAUAUAAAGGCUCCACAUGUUUUCAAAUAUUCAUAAUAUACGAGUUUUUAAAAAUGA